UUAUAUGUUACGUUCGUUUCACUAACUAUAAAUUGGAUGUAAUCUAGUGGAAGUGGAAUCAUAUUCCACUAAAAAGCGACCGUCGUCAAAUCGUCUAAUGCCUGUGGUUUAAAAUAAUCAUAGCGACAAUAAAAAGGAUGUAAGUUUCCCGUCUAAAGCAAGUGCUGAACCGAGAACAGAGCAGUUUAGAAGCCGCACAAUAUUCCUUCCUGCCAACGUGACACAUUGACGACAGGUGUUGACGAAGGUGAGCGAACACAGAAAGCGCUCCUUCGAUGUUCACGAUUGCAAUGCACAAGGGUAUCCUAACGUUCCUUGUCUUUGUUGGGCUGGUUUCUCUUCUGGACGCCUUUCCUGCGGCACUACAGAGAGACGCAAGAGCUGGAUUCAGAAGUCACGAUCCAGGUUACGGACAUAAUUUCGGUAAAAGGAAAGCGUGGUUAGAAACGAUGCGGAAUAGACUGUUAAACACAAGAGAGAGCGAAAGCCCCUUAAUGACCAACGAAGAAUUAGCAGAUUUACUCAACGAAUCUUCACAGAUCGCAGAUGUUUUUGUAGAUAGAAUAGUAGACACAAACCGUGACGGAGUAGUGACGCGACAAGAGUUGCGAUCGAAGCACCUGAUAAGUCAGCUGUGAAAAAAAAGCAACCGCCGGAAAUUAAUUGCGGAUCUGAACUAAAUUGCUUUAUUUUUAUACUCUCAUUGGACGACAGACGCUGCUGGAUAGAAAAGAACAUAUUCGGGGAACUGGGUUAAAAGCGUAGAACAUGAGCCGGAUGAACUUUGUUUGUUUUCACCAUUUAAUCUAUAUGAGGAAACCACAGUAAUUCAGAGUGUAAAGUACACAUUUGUAGUUGUUUACGACAAAGAUUUUAUGUUUAGAUGUGCCAUUAAAAUUUGAGCAAUUAUUCACCAUUUAGCUUUUUUUGUGAUUACUUUCUGUUGUUAUUUAAAGAAAGAACUGAUUUAUCUUGGUAGAUCGAAAUUAAACAGGCUGAUUGUACAUGUAUUAAGGUUUAAUGAUGAUGCCGAGUUGUGUGAAUUCUUUUUGGUCAUUCUUUAUGUGAUAGUUUUAAGUUUUCUGACUUCUAUAUGUAGACCAUGAUUUUUAUUAGAUAUUGAUUACGGUAAGGUCAUAAAACGUUAUGCAUCA